UUAUAAAACGGGCCAGUUCUGUUUCUGACGACCACUGGCCAACCCAUAGGAAGGAAAGAGUAUCGUAAACACUAUAGAGAAGAGAGUGAGGAAGAGAGAGGAAGACAAAAGGGGGUGGUGCGUGUGCGGUGCUAUUGGUGUGGGUAGGGGCGGUGUUGGUGGUGGUGGCCGUCGUGAGUGGCGGAAUACGCCGUAGCAUGGAAGAAGAGCUGGCCAUGCUUAGGCAAUUCAUUGGUCAGCUUGUAGACCUUUUCAAUCUCUACGGCUCUCCUCUCCCUCCUUUUGAUUCUCUUCAAUUCCUUCACUUUCACAACCAACAACAAAACAACAACAACAACAACAACAGAUGGUGCGUCCUCAAUCUUGAUGAUGGCUCUGCAGAUGAUUACUGUAGCCUUGUGAUGGCGGCUGGAAAAUCUAGAAGGUUCAAGAUGUUGGAACCUGGCAAGCCUCCAGCCUCCAAGAAACCUCGAAAGGAGCGGAAUCGAGGAAAAUCACUUGGAACUACCAGUUCAAAUGAGGUUAUGCAACAAGAGAUUUGGAAAGAAUUCCCAGAAGACUUGUUUGAAGCCGUUAUUGCUAGACUUCCAAUUGCUACAUUUUUCCGCUUCCGCUCGGUUUGUCAAAAAUGGAACUCCUUGCUUGACUCUCAAAGUUUCUCUCAGCAUUGUGCCCAAGUUCCACAAGCCAACCCCUGGUUUUACACCAUCACUCAUGAAAAUGUGAAUUCUGGAGCCAUUUAUGACCCUUCUUUGAAGAAAUGGCAUCACCCAACUAUAAGUUACCUGCCAACAAAGAUGAUUGUCUUACCAGUUGCUUCUGCAGGGGGUCUUGUGUGCUUUCUUGACAUUGGUCACAGGAACUUCUAUGUCUGCAACCCUCUGACUCAAUCUUUUAAAGAGCUGCCACCAAGGUCAGUGAAUGUCUGGUCCCGUGUUGCUGUGGGGAUGACUUUGAAUGGCAGUGCAGCCAGUGGGGGCUACAAGAUCUUGUGGGUGUGCUGUGAUGGAGAGUAUGAAGUUUACGACUCACUGAAAAAUUCUUGGACCCGACCAGGAAGCAUGCCCUCUUUUAUAAAGCUACCCCUAUCACUGAACUUCCGGUCACAAGCAGUUUCCCUUGGAGGCACGCUUUAUUUCAUGCGGUCAGAUCCUGAAGGGAUCGUGUCCUACGAUAUGGUUACUGGGGUUUGGAAGCAAUUUGUUAUGCCAGCCCCACUCCAUCUGAGUGAUCCCACACUUGCAGAGUGUGGGGGGCGGAUCAUGCUCGUUGGCUUGCUAACAAAGAAUGCAGCCACAUGCGUGUGCAUAUGGGAGCUGCAGAAGAUGACACUCUUGUGGAAGGAGGUUGACAGAAUGCCAAACAUAUGGUGCUUAGAUUUCUAUGGAAAGCACGUUAGGAUGACUUGCUUGGGCAACACAGGUUUGCUCAUGCUGUCACUAAGAUCAAGACAAAUGAACCGACUAGUUAGUUACAAUGUGGUGAGCAGGGAAUGGCUCAAGGUUCCUGGUUGUUUGGUGCCACGUGGGAAAAAGCGGCAGUGGAUUGCAUGUGGCACUGCCUUCAAUCCAUGCUUGACUGCUACAACUUAGCCUCUACUUGUUGUGGCAAUAUUUGCACGUUGGUGAAAGGGGAUUUUACAUAUUUAGUGGUUGGCUGCAAGGUUUUGCUGCUGAUUUGUCCCGGUACCAGCUUCCUUGGAUGUUUUAAUGAAGUAGACGAUACCAGAGGUUUAAUAUAAUGGUAUCUAUUCAUGUACAAACAUGUUGUCUAAUAACUUCUGAAUUAAAAAUUCUCGUUUGAAAUGCUA